AUGAUAAAAACAAAACAAAAUUUGUCAGCAGAAGAGAACACAGAUUCAAUUGAAAUUGAACAGCCUGAUAUAAGCCCCGAACAAUUGGAAUCUGCUAGAGAAAAGGAAGAUCAUGACCCUGACAUUGACGGCGGAUACGCUUGGGUCAUAUGUUUUGCUUGUGUUCUAUUCAAUUUCUGUACUUGGGGAAUGAAUUCAGGGUUUGCAAUUUAUUUUGCCAAUUACUUAUCACAGGACACAUUUAAAGGAGCAGACAAAAUGGACUAUAGUUAUAUUGGAGGAAUGGCCUUUGGUGUUGGUAUGCUUUUUUCUCCAGUAAUCACAGUCUUGAUGGGAGUAUUGGGCUUUAGAUCAGUGAUUAUUAUCGGUAAUUGUCUCCAGUUUACUUCUUUGAUGUUGGCUAGUUGGUCCACAAAACUUUGGCAGUUGUACUUGACACAAGGUUUAAUGCAGAGUUUUGGCUUGGCCUUUAUUUCAAUUCCAACAAUCACCCUUUUACCACAAUAUUUUAAGAAGAAAAGAGUGCUAGCCGGUGGAAUAGGAUCUGCUGGUUCUGGAUUGGGGGGUAUUGUUUUCAACUUGGCAAUGCAAAAAGUUGUAGACACCAAAAGCGUGCGCUGGGCUUUAAGAGCACAAAGUAUAAUUGCAUUUGGACUAACCUGGAUUGCUAUCGUACUCGUCAAAACGAAGAAUUCAAAACACAAUAUCCAAUUCAAACUUUUUGAUUUUGGUGUGAUGCAAACAGCUCCAUUCUGGUUGUUGGCUUUUUUCAUCAUCACAUGUAUAUUUGGGUAUGUUAUCGUCUUGUACACAUUGGCAAAUUUCACCACCAGUUUGGGCUACACCGAACGUGAAGGGUCUUAUGUUUCAGCCACCAUUCAAAUUGGCUCGUGCGUAGGUAGGCCAUUGAUGGGAUUAUUGUCAGAUAAAUAUGGAGGUGCCACAGUUGCAUCGGUUGGUUACUUAAUUUCUGCCAUUUUUUGCUUAGCAAUGUGGAUUCCUGCUAGAAACCUUGCUACGGUGAUCAUUUUUGCUCUUAUAAUGGGGGCAAUAAUGGGUGCCAUUUACGGAAUGAUUGCUCCAGUAGUGGCCAGGUUGUUUGGGAUCCUGAAAAUGAAUGUUGUGUUUUCUCAGAUAUGGAUUUUCAUGGGGGCUGCCGGAAUAUUUUCGCCAGUCAUAGGUGUUAAGCUCACAAAAGGCAGUGGAGUAGGAAUAGACCCGACCAGAUAUGUGAACUGCUCAAUUUUUACAGGAGUGUGCUUUAUUGUUUGCUCAGCAACUUUAUUGGUAAUAAGAGGUUAUGUAAAUUCCCGUGAUCGAAUGAUGGAAAAAGAAGGACAUACAGAUUCAGACUUGGCAGACUAUACAGGCGUAACAGUACCUUUUAGAAGUGUCUUACCACUUUGUUUUGCCAAGAGUCACGAAAAAAUAUAG